AAAUUGUUGCCUGUCCUCUUACAAUAGUUUAGCAGGAUGCUGAUGUGGUGUGUGUGAUAUUUUACUGUGUGUGUGUGAGCGAGAGAGAGGGUUUGUGUGUGUGUAUGCGAAAGAGAUAGAGAGAGAUUACGUAUAAUAAUACCCAUACGGUCUUUGUCAUAAAUGUAUUUGAUUGCCUGUGGUCUGCUUCAGCAUAUAGACGAUCACAUUACUCUAAAAUGUCUCGGGGUGCCUUAUGUAUUUGUUAAGAUGUUGCACACGAUCCCAAAUUUAAACCGAGGCUAGCCAACUCAGGCUGGCUGUCAUACUUUCAUCAACAAUAGUUUUGGAACGGAAAGUGGGGUACGUUUGCCAGCUUGUGUGUGUGUGUGAGAGAGAGAGAGAGAGAGAGAGAGAGAGAGAGAUGCACGCAAACAGAAAUCACUCUAUCCUGUGACUUCGCGCGCAGAUCGCCUCUCAGCGGCUUAUUACGGUAUACCGUUGGCGGGCUCAAUCUGGCGGCUCACCGUUCUGCGCGCGUACCAACUGGACAGCUCUUCUCUCUGCGUGCGGCACUUCAGCAAGAGGACUCCCGCGGGGACAUGGGUCCAGAGCGGUGACGGUGGAGACUGUCCUGAGCUUUUCUACCGAGCAUCAACGAAACAGGCUACAUUGCCUCGGCAACACAAAGUCAGAGAGACAUGGGGACGCGUCUAAGUGACUCUUAAUUUGUAUACACAGGAAAGCACUGUUAUCGGAUUGACCGAGUGGAUUACGUGCAUUGCAUUACGAUUCAUUUUUUCCCGUUGAAAAGUCGUUAGUGUUUUAUUCCCUUUUGUGAGCGAAAGAAUGGGCUUCAACAGAGCUCGUGGGAGCGCAUGGUGCUGGAGAACAGCGCUUCUGUCCAGCUUUCUCGCCCUGCACGUGGUUUCGUCCAGCGGGCUUGGAAGGUCCCUGCAAGGCAGCCCUGCUCUCUCCCAGUCUGCUGUGGACUCCUCCGGAGGUGUGGAGGGGGGGUCCAGCUCUUCUGAGGCCCAGGCGAGGCCUAAGAGAGAGCUGUCUGGGGUGGGCAGGCCGUUCUAUGGCGCCCCCCGCAGGCCACGCUCACACGCGCACCAGCAUGAGCAGCUGCAGGGUGUGGGGGCGGGACUUCCCACCCUGACAGCCACCCGGGGAAAUCGGCGCGGCCCGCUGGACUUCGCCGAGAACGAGGACGCGUGGUCUUACGAUCAGCCAAUCGCAGCCGACGGCUCCCUCCUGGACCUGCCCCCGCCGGUCCCGCCCCCACGCCAUGCCCACGGCCAUUCACAGGACGGCGUGAUCAGCGUGGGGUUCUACGAGCCCUCCUCCAUCCGGGUUCUGGGUUCUGAAGCCCAGGCCCAGGAGCUGCAGGGGGGCGACCCCACUUCCUGGACGCUCUCGGACUUCUACGACUACCUGUCGCCCGACUUCUCGACGACGGAGGCGUACCCUGACGACGACGGGCCCACCAUCGCGGACAUGGAGGACGAGAACCUCCUGAGCACCACGGCCGUUUCCAACCGCUGGGCGCAGCUUCCUGGAGGCGUCUCCAGUGGCGACGAUGGUCCAGGUUCAGCGGAUGCUUCCAGCGGUUGUAGCCUAGGUUACGUGCGUAGCAACGGUACGUGCCGGUCGCCAUGUGAGGUGUUCACCAGCUACUGCUUCAAUGGAGGCCAGUGUUACGAGGUGGAGGGUGUCGGAGCAUUCUGCAGGUGUAAUUUGCAGGAGUAUGUGUGGAAUAAAGGCACGCGCUGUGAGGCCUUCAUCACUGACUUCCAGGUCAUGUGUCUGCUGGUGGGCGGAGCCUCACUCACAGUGCUCCUCCUCUUCAUGAUCAUCGUCUUCUUCGCCAAACGCCUCCACAUGCUGAGGCAAGAGAACACACGCCUCCGCCGCCGCAGUAAAUACCGGCCCCAGUCGGAGCAUCACGAUAACUUCUCGGUGUCCACCAUUGCUGAGGGCUCCCAGGCAAACAAGACUAUGAACAGGUACACCUGGGAGUGUAAGACCAGAGACGAGACAUACUGUUCAGAGGAGGAGCCAGGAAAGGAGGAGGGGCCUGUGAAGUCUCCGUCCGUUGUGGACUCGGUGAAGUUGUCGCCCUCUAAGGAGGACGAGCCCCUCACCAUCCAGAACUCCGUCACCCCCACUUACGAGAACAGCAAACCCAUCUCCGAUGACAUGGACCUGGCCUCCGACGACAAGGAUCUGGCCUCCGAUGACAAGGACCUGGCCGUCGAGGAAGGUGUAACUAUAGACAUGGAGCUCCUCCUGCCUAAGGAGGUGAAGAUGCACCCUCCGUCCAGCCCCCCACUGAAUUAUAACGUCUUCCUGUACAAGCUGCCCAAAUCGCCCGUCCUCCCACGCCCCAGGGGGCGCUCUUCAGGCACGGGGGGCACCCUGUCGCAGCUGAGCCCCCGACGGAGCUCCGAACCCGGCUACAGCCCCGUCAGUACCCGCUCGCUGCCCCUGCUGCCCUCCAGCCCGUCCAACCCACGGCUGGGCAAAGCCUGCACACCCUGACCCGACCCGACCAAGCCCUCAACUCUACACACUCCAUGCCAACUCUGUGACCUUCAGCUCUGCAUGAGCAGCCUCAGACUGAUGAGGCCAGUGUGUGUGUGUGUGUGUGUGUGUGUGUGAGAGA